GCUCACAAUGUUGAUGUCACAAUGGGAGAUUUACCUGAUGUAAGUUGUCAUAGUGGUAAUGAUGAUGUCAUAAACGAUAAUGAUGAUGUCAUAAAUGAUGUCACAAUACAACCUGAACAACCUGUCAAUGAUGUCAUAGAAGAAAUAGUUGAAGUUCGUCAGUUGCGACAACGAUUCAAGCCUACAACACCGGAUGUUAAUUUAGGUGGAUACACCAAUAGUAAACCCCCCGCCCUCCCAACCAAUGUUGGACCCCCACACCCCAUGCCCCGAGUCGCUAUGGCAACCUAAACCUUUCAAGAAAGGGAACUGCUCUCGUCUGCCAUCCGGUGUAAGCACUGGAAAGAAGCGGAAGAAGGCUGGUUGUCAUGACAACGAUGCUUCUAUGCUGGGGGAGUUUAUGGAAGACAUGAUGAAGAAACGUCAGCGAUUUGUUUCAAAAACUGAAGAAAUUGAAAAGAAAAGAAGAAUGUUGUGUUGGAGGGGGCUUCGUGAAAAACAAAUUCAGAAUAAAAGGAAACAUUCAAAAGAAGUUUCAUUGGUGGACGAGGUGUUUGCCACGAGUUUCCAUGACGACCAUAAUGAUGAUGACGGUUGCCAUGGCAACAAUGAUGUCACUGAUGAUGUCAUCAAUGAUGCGUUGGGGAUCGAUGGCCUCAUGCUCGAUGUCGAGGAGAAUAGAGGGGGAGACCCCGAGAUUGAACGACUUCAAAGUUUCGUCGGAACUUUGGAAAAUUACGAGGAUCUUGUGCGACACCAUGUGGAAAAGUUUUACGCGUCAGCAAAAUCUUAUCGUAACGAGUCAGCGCUUUCACAGCGAGUCGUAGAAUGGGAGAAAUCGAUCGCCCCCUCCUUGAGUGAAGAGGACAAACACCCAGAGUUCGACAUUCACACAGAAGGUGACGAGAUGGUCAAACAAUUUAAUAUUGUUGGCCAGACAAAGUACUUCUGCGAUGUCAUAAAGAGGGAACCCGUGUGGUCGAUUUGUAGAAGGUUCUCAGCUACUUUGCAAUUGGCGAACGAUUUAAAUUUCCUCCUCCAAUCAGAAGGCGACCCUAUUAUGAUGUCAUCAGUCAACACAUUGUCCCUCAAACUGCUGACUCAGCAAAAAUCGCGACAGCGACUUGACGGUUAUUUGCCCGCUGCAUGACUCGUAUGUUGAACAUAGAAAUCAUAUUUUAGAAUUAUUUUACAGUGAGGUAAGCCAUGGAACAUGGGAUUUAGGCUAGAGUUGGUCCAUAACCCUGACACCCAGGGUUCUACAACCCAUUAGUGACCACUGGAUGGGAACAAUUUCUGUUCACUGUAUUGCCCAAAGACAUAAACUUAUGAACCCUCACCCCAGCACUAAUAAAUGUGUCCGAAG